CGCCACCCGAAGAAAACGACGGCCACGGUCACGGCCACGAGGAACGAUCGAGCCUAUAUUGCGUACGGAAUAGUUGCUGACAGAAUCAUUUUGCUUCCGUCUAUCGAGUAGAGAGGUUGUGCUUUUCUCGCUUUCGAUCUGAUCGCAUCCAGCUGAGAGUUAAUUCUAUUUUUUUUUUCAUAUCUCAAGAUCGGUGGUUCAUUCCUCGUUACAAGCUUCCCCCAAAAUCGAAUCCAGAGCGACUCGAAAAAAAAAAGAUUGAAAAUAAAAAUUGAAAAACGGUACCCAAUUCUAUUACGUUAAAUAGUUUUGUCGGGGCGCGAACGAUCUUUUCAAUUUGGAUUUUUUUUUCUUCGAGGUGGUUGAGAAAAGCUUCGAUAAAUGGUUUGUUAAGUUCUGUGUAAACUGCCGGCCGCGCGUUCUUGGGUGUUAGAAGAGAGUGUGGUUAAUCUGUUCGCGAUUUCGUCGUACCCUUACAUUUGGCGCAGCAGCAUUGGUGAAAUAGUACUGAUCGAGAUAAACGAAACAUAGUGGGGUUAAAAAGGAAUUAGAAUAAUUGCUCGGCCGAUUCUGAUUGCAAUCCGAUUGGAAAACAAACAGACUCUGACGAGAUUUUGGGAAAAAUUGCCAUUUCUCCUACAUGUUUGGUGUUGAACUUUCAUGAGUGGAAGAGAAAAAAUAUCGCUUUUUAUCGUUUGGUACUGUUUCGUUUUUUAUUGCCGGAUUAGUUGGAAAACAGUAUCUGGAAAGCACAUCUUUACGUACGGUUUGCUGCAGAUCAUAGCCCAAGAGGAAAGCAAGUGUUGAUUUUUCGAUAAUUUCGGUACAAGUGCUUUUGGAGAUAAAAGAAACAAAGUGUAAAUUUCGAAAAGUUUUGUCGAUCCGGCGAAUACACAUCUCUGUCCUAUUGGCUGCUGCUGCUGUGAAUUUUUUUUAAGUGGAUCGGUUUGCAGAAAGCAGCUUGGAUCGAAGCAGAGUCCAGUGAAGUGCCCAGUUCCAGAACCUGUGAACCUUUGUGUGCGAUAUUAGAUUUCAGCUUGUGUGGCACACAACGAACCCCAAAGGCCAAAAAAUAAAAUAAAUAAAAGCCCUCCAAAAGAUUGAAAAGUGCUGAUAGUCCGAAACCGUAUCAUUCAUCCAGAGAACCAUUCGAGGGCAGCUCGCGAUCUCGUUCAGGUUCAGGAUAAACUUGGUGAGCAGAGCAGUGCGCAAAGUGAUUACUUAAUAGCGUCUGCGAAAUAGAUAAAACAUCCUUCUCCCCGGGUGGCGCACAAGCGAUCGAUCGACAGGCGGAACAGCAAAAGCAAAGGAUCAUACUCGAGAGAACGGUUUCCUAAAAAAUAACAAUAAUAUACCCUAUUAACAGAUCUUAAAAUGUUACCCCGAACCAUCAUUAUGUGCCUUGCGGUGGUGUACCUGAUCAAUAUUUCGAUAGGGGCCCCGAUCGAUCAGCGGUCACAGCUGUUAGCCUCGAUCCAGGAAAUUCAACGAAAAUAUGGUGGUCGGAGCAGUGAUGAUGACAGUAUGGCUGCAGUUGAAAAAGAGACCCCGAGCUCCGAUGACAAACCGGAAGUGGAUGUGGAUAACAUCGAAAAUGCUGAACCUACUAAUGCUGAAAAUCCGGAAACAGAAGAUGAAUCCUCAAGACAAGCAAAAGUGCUGAAAACUAGACAAGGUCAAGAUUCUGCGGGUCAAGGAACAAAACGAAAGAAUAAGAUGUUUGGAUUCUACGGAUAUUUUCCUCAACCUACCUACCAACAACCUCUUGCCUAUCCUUCCUAUUAUCCGCUGGAAUAUUACGACGAUUACAGUGCGCUUGAGGGAUACUCGAAUAAUCCAUUUGCCAAUAUUCAGAACUAUCAACAGAACAUGGCCGCUCUUCAAAGCAUGGCAGCCAUUCAGAGCUUGAAUAAUAUUCCUUCGACUAGCCUCCCCAAUCUCGCUAACCUGGACAACAACCAAGCCCUACAGGAUUACCAAAAUCUAGGACCUUACUCAAACGGCGACAAUCUGCCGAACAUUGAUGACGAGGACAUUCUGUCGCGUAACAACCAACGUCGUCGUCCGGCUAAUAAAAACUCUCCAAUCUACUACAUUCGAUUGCCUCCGACUCCGUACAUGUUUGUACCAGGUCUUGGAUAUAUCUCGCAGCCACCAACUAUUCAGCCAUUGGCACCAGCAGUCCCACAAUACCCUCAACUUGCACCACCGGUAACGAUGAGUCCCUUCUACAACUUACCAAUCAACUUCGUCUCUAACGGUAAACCAUCCGGAAUCUACCAAUGGGGUGGAGCUCCUUCACCGGCGCCAAUGCCUCAGCCAGCUUAUGCCCUGCCAUAUCCCGCGGUCCGGCCGUCUCCCAUAGGCCCUGUGCGUCCUGCCUUCCGACCCAACCCAUUCGUUACGGACUCCAAGAUUACGCAUUUGAAGGGACCAUUCCUAUUUAACGGAAGACCAGAAGAAAUCUUCUUACUACAAAAUUCGAUCAACCCGUUCCUCCAGUCGCCACUCAAUCCAAUCAAUCCUUUCAAUGGAUAUUACUAACUAAUAACUAGUUAACGUUCUAGACCGAAGGUCUUGGGAGAGCUCUACAAGGUCAUUAAAUGCAAUAACGAUAGAAUGCAUAGAUCAGAAGAACGAAAUAAAAAAUCCGCCAGUAGUGAUCACUAACUAUUUCCUCCGUAUAACACAUGUAACGCCUAAGCUUUUAAGCACGCCUUCGAUCUUCUUAUUCGGAAAGCUCUCUUUAUGCUCUUUAUCUCUCUCCCAAGCACCUUACUUCCAAGUGCCUCAUAUUAAUUGUAAAGCCUUGCAUCGUAGAUUACCUACUUUCUCUCUUCAAAUGUAUUUCGCUUUAGCCACCCGUCGGCUUGACGCAGCUUCUGACUGGCAGUAGAUAGAAGGCGUUUCAUUUUACAAACGCUUCCACGAAUAGGCAAAAACAAACGGUGACAUCCAGAUUCUUUGCGAUGUUAUUGAAUACAACAUUGCGUACCACAAAUUAUGCAAUGCAAAGCUUCAGCAACUUGAUGGAACGUUUCCAACUGGUCACUCGCAAACCUAUAACGACGACGACCGAAAAACGACACCACGUUUCAUUUGGCAUCACGUCCAUUCCCGCGUCUUAGUUGGAAAUCUUUCGUUGACUUGUCGUUCACUAAUAUUUAUUUUGUGCACUUCUAAAUGAUAACAAAUCAUUAGACAAUACUCUAGAGGAUAGAAUUUAUAGAAGAAAAUAAACUUAAUAUAUCAGCUACCCAUCCAGAAAAUAAGCCGGCUAGUUGGAAUCGUUAUCACUUAGUGAUAUGUGAAAAUUUAGAAUAUUUUUUCCUAUGAACUUAUGAUGAAAUGUACUCAACAAAAGGCAGCAGCAAAUAUGAAACAGAACAUGUUUAUACACUCAAGCAGUAACUAGAAUAACUAUUUCACAAAUUUCUUAUAAACAUUACGCUAAGAGUUAUGAUAAAUUUAAAAAAAAAACGUAACAAAAUGGUAGGCAUUACACUGAACGAACGAAUCAUCAUUACGAAUAGUGUCUAAGUAAUUUUUGCAAUGGUCGAGUGUCGAAACGAGAAGUGACACACAUUUGCUUUUAAACGAAGAAAAAAUUGAGACAGCUGGUCAAAAGUUCAUUUUAUUUCGAGCAAAAGGGGUUAGAAAAACGGAAGAGUUCAAAAUUCCAACAGAAAUUCCAACAGUUGUAAUAAGUAUUUGUUGGUUUCGUUACGAAUCCUCACACAAACAAUUGUUUCAGUUCGAAAAAAAAUAAACGGAUGAAGAAAAGUGAAGGAAAACAAAUCGGAACAGGUUCCAUUUUCCAUAGGCCUCGGUUGAGCAGAUGAAGUAAAUCCGUAUGGUAGUAUUGUAGUGAUUAGAAAACUAACAAAUUGUACUGAUUAUGUGUAGCAAAUAAAAAAUAAACACGUCAAAGUAGA